CCCCCCCCAGGUUAUACUGCUAUUGGCACACUUGUUAAAUUAUGCGACAGAAUGUGACAACAGUAAUUAAUGAGGAAGUCUAGACAGCGCAGGUGAGUGCAGGUAGGCCAAGACAGAGCAAUGUUUUGGGUGGUUGUAGCUCGAUUCCACUCUCUAUGUUUAUUUAUGCAAAUACAGCCAUUGUAUUUAUGUAAAUGAAGCACAUAUCAUUUUAUUUGAAUACUAUAAAAAAUACCUGAUACCAUUAUAAAAUGUAUAUAUGAGUCAAUUAGAAUAGAAAAUGUGACAUUUUACAAUAAAUUCAAUACAUGCAUUCCCACCCAAAUCCCUGAACUCAUUCAGUAUUUGUCCAUGCCAGUAAAAUGGCACUAUUAUUCAGUAAAUAUCUGAUGGAUUUUAAAAAUUCUAAAAGUUUGGAGUAUCUUCAUGGUGUAUUUAUUUUAAUUGUUUUUAAAACUAUUUAGCAAUUUUUGACGACCCUCGCUACUUUUAAAUCGGGCGUAAAGACAACAUAACCUAUACAACAACAACUAAUUUAAACGGUAUGUUUCUAUAAAUGUAUGUGUUCAUGAUCCGUCUGCCAUUCGACGUGGAUUCAUGUAACUCACGAGGUUUUGGUUUCAUGCAUUAGGGUACAUUCCCCUCCUCAACCCCUUCCCCCAUUUUACUGCUGGGAGCGAGGCUGAGUAGACACAUGCAGCGGAGACAAAUGGAGGAAAAACCCAACGGCUCCGGGAGUGGGUGUGUUGUUUCAGACACGUUGUUAGUUACACAAUAACGACACCACCAUAAACCCACAGCAAUGACGACCGAAUAACAAACAAAACGAAGUGGAAAAUGUUACAACAGCACGAUAAUCACAACAAUAGUCUCUCCAAUGCACUGUUUGUGAGAUACGUCUCGCUAACUUGAUCUGACGACAUUUUAUACGAUCAUAAUCUUCAUAAACAGCUACGCGUAACGGUUACUUUGUAAACCGUUUGUAAACCAAACCCCCCCCCCCCCCACUGUAAAUAAGAGUGUAAAACAUGAGUGUAUCGAACCAGUGGUCAUGUCGUUACAAUGUAACAACCAUUUUCUGUGACACGCUGGUCUCUCCGCUCCAGUGUUGCUGCUGCCUCCCUUCCACGUCCCGUGUCUACAGCAGCCUGCACUACUUGCUAUUCCUGCGCAGAGGCUUGCGCUGUUACAGGGAGGAGGGGUGGCGGAGGGACGACCAUUUACAACUACUUUCACCGUGUCGUUAUCGCCCCGAUGUGUUAUACAAACCUUCGAGUGACUCUCACAGCAGUUAUUGAGGUGUUAUCGAUGCGAUGUGUCGUGGAGGGUUGAGCCCGUCGGAGGGCCUAUUUGACGGAAGCGCGGAGGGGUUUGUAUGGUGGCCGGGCCUGGCUGUUUAGCGGUGGUACGGUCCUGAAUGGAGGAAGUGUUUUCCUGCGGGGUAAACAGUGACAGCUAUAGGGCAGACUCCCUCAGCCCCCUAAAAACAAAUCGAAAAUGGAUUCAGACAGUAAACUGGUCGCCCAGCUGAAUUCUGAACUCUACUUCCUAAUCGCCCGCUUUCUACAGUCUGGACCGUGCCAGAACGCAGCAGAGACGUUGAUUCGGGAGGUGGAGGAGAAGGAGCUACUGCCCACACGACGGGACUGGACGGGGAAGGAGCACCCAGGGAGAUACGAAGAUUUGGUGAAGCUGUAUGGCCACAUCAGUCCGGACCACCUGCUGCAGGUGUGCCAGAGGGUGUGUCCCUCUCUGGAGAAGGAGGUUCCUGCCAGCGUCCCCGGGGUCCACAGUCUGCUGGGGGCGGGGCGACAGAGCCUGCUACGCACCAAUAAGAGUCAGUACUGUAAUCACAUGACAUGUUAGCCU